CAGUUCAUAGAUAACAACAUCGAUUUACUAGCGACUUUCAUGUUUCUUAUCCGCCGACUUUUCUCUGCAUCUAUAUCGCCGCAAGCCAUGGCCGAAGCUAAGACUAAAGCUCAGAGCAUCAUCGAUGAGAACGCCGUCGCGGUGUUCUCUAAAUCGUAUUGCCCCUACUGUAGCGCCUCGAAGCGCCUCCUCGACAGUCUAGGUGCCAAGUACAAGCUGGUAGAGUUGGACGAGGUGCCUGAUGGCUCUGCUAUCCAAGAUGCGCUUCAGGAGAUUUCGGGCCAGCGCACCGUCCCUAACAUCUGGAUCGGAAAGAAGCAUAUCGGUGGCAACUCAGACUUACAGGCUAAAUCUGGCGAAUUGAAGAGUCUGCUUACCGAGGUCGGCGCUUUGUGACUAAAUGACUCCCGAUCUAAGUUAUGAAGGACUAUGAGAUGACACCGCAAAUCCCCAGGUAUCCUCCGGUUAGGAACGAAGAAAGGAUUCAUCAUGUUUGGUAUUCAAUAGUAUGCGUCUGAACAUGCCCUACCGACAGUGUGGAUCAGGGGAUAAGCAAGCAAUGAUAACGGACUUUCUUGUUAAUCAAGCAUCUUAGAUUUUUAUUCUUGUUAGCUAGACUACCGCGCUAGGAUUUAUUAUAGAUCGGUAUUUAUAAGACAGAGCUUCUAUUUAAGAACGACGAGUUUACUUGAGU